GUCGGGGACACAUCUCGAGAACUAAAAAGGACGAAGAACAUGUCUCCAAACACGACUUGUGAUGCCCUGGCAUCCUUUUCUCAGAGGCCCAACGCGGCCAAAAAGAAAGAAGCCCUUGAGCUCAGAAAGACUAUGAAACCUUUGCUGGAAAAAAGAAGGCGCGCUCGUAUUAACGACAGCCUGAACCACUUGAAAGAGCUGAUUCUUCCUUUCACCGGCAGAGAUAAGACUCGUUACUCCAAGUUGGAGAAAGCAGACAUCCUGGAGAUGACUGUGAGGUUCCUCAGUGACACCCGGCCUGUCCAAAAUAAAAAUUCCACGGGCAGUUACCAAGAGGGCUACAAAACUUGCCUCCAGCGCGUCUCUGCGCUCCUUCCCAAAAGCAGCCUGCAGGAGCGGGACGCGUCCCGGCAGGUGACCGACUUCCUCCAGCGGUCCGUGGCCUCCGCGGUCGCCCGGCAGUGCCUCAAGUGCUGCACACAGAGCUCCGCGGCUUUCCCGCACAUCCAGCAGAGGCUCCUGAGCCUCAAAUCCAGUUGGGGCCACAAACCCGAAGGCGAAAUGUCGCCCAUCAGAGCUCGGUCAGCUCCGCAGCACGACAGCGCCACCGUGUGGAGACCCUGGUAGAUCAUUCCAGCGGUUCCAACGCCUGCCAACCUCGGGGCGACUAGAGCAUGUGAUAUACAUGUACAUGUUGAAUGAUAUAGCAUGACUUGUAUACAUUUAAGAUUUAUCCGUUAAAUCGACUUAGCUGAGUAUUGUAUACUUUCCCGUUUGCGUACGCGUCGGUUGUCCUGUAUAAGUUGACAAAUCUAGACUGUCGUAUUUUUUUUCAAACUCCGCAUGUAUGUUUUACGUUCAAUAAUUUGGUCUGCUUUGAGGACUGAAUGAUUA